GGGUCAUUUUGUUCAGUGCUCACAGGUCUCAGCCAAACGGGUCAGAUAGCAGCACUCCCCUCUUGGGCCUUGUUUUGGGGUUUGGAAUUUCAGUGAGGUGAAGGAGGAAUUAUGGCAGCGGAGCAUGGCGUUGGGUCGGCUGCCGAUGCGGCGGCGAAGAAGCCGGAGGAGAAUGGGGUAUCAGCCCCCGCUUUGGUCACAGCGACCGAGGGGAAGAAGGAGCCCGAUUGUAUUUCCUCUGUAAUUCCUGGGUGGUUUUCUGAGAUUAGCCCAAUGUGGCCUGGAGAGGCACACUCCUUGAAGGUGGAGAAAAUUUUGUUCCAAGGGAAGUCUGAUUACCAGAAUGUUUUGGUCUUUCAGUCAUCAACAUAUGGAAAGGUUCUUGUUUUGGAUGGGGUGAUUCAGCUUACAGAGAGAGAUGAAUGUGCUUACCAAGAAAUGAUCGCUCACCUUCCACUUUGCUCAAUUCCAAACCCCAAAAAGGUUCUAGUUAUUGGUGGAGGAGAUGGUGGUGUCCUGCGAGAGGUGUCUCGCCAUUCAUCUGUUGAGCAGAUAGAUAUCUGUGAAAUUGACAAGAUGGUAGUUGACGUUUCCAAAGAAUUUUUCCCACGCGUAGCUGUUGGAUAUGAGGAUCCUCGCGUCACACUUCAUGUUGGUGAUGGGGUUGCAUUUCUGAAGGCUGUUCCUGAAGGCACAUAUGAUGCAAUUAUUGUGGAUUCUUCUGACCCUAUUGGUCCUGCACAAGAGCUUUUUGAGAAACCUUUUUUUGCUUCGGUUGCCAAAGCUCUUCGACCGGGAGGUGUUGUGUGUACUCAGGCAGAGAGCAUAUGGCUUCACAUGCACAUCAUUGAAGAUAUUGUGACAAACUGUCGCCAAAUAUUCAAAGGCUCUGUCAACUAUGCGUGGACUACAGUUCCUACAUAUCCAAGUGGAGUGAUUGGGUUUAUGCUCUGCUCAACUGAAGGACCCCCUGUUGAUUUCAAGCAUCCGGUCAACCCGAUUGAGGAUAACGGUAGCGAAACUGCGAAAGGUCCACUCAAGUUUUACAACUCCGAGAUUCAUACAGCAGCUUUUUGCUUGCCUUCUUUUGCUAAGAAGAUUAUCGAUUCAAAAGUGAAAUGAGUAUCGCUCCCACAGCAGCAAUGAAGAAGCAAAGAUUGGUUGAAUGUCUUGGAGUUGAGGCUUAAAUUAUAGUUCCUUGAUGACGAAGUUAGAUGUUAGCAGUGGCGUAAAUGAAAUUGAAACGGUUGCUUUUUAUUUUGAUUCAGCAUCAUAAAGUUUCUUGAGGCUUUAUGAAUAAUAGAAACAGCUCUUGUUUUCCCCACAAUUUUCCAUCUUUUUCCUUCUGUAAUGUGGUAUCUGAGGUUCAUUCAAGGUUCAAGAAAAUAACACUUGGGAUUUCAUUCUGCU